GGGUGGGCUGGGGUGCGUGCCAGGAGCGAGGGGCUGAUCCUUGUCAGUGACCCCGGCACAUUCCCGGAGGGAUUUCUUCCCAUUACAGACCUCACCUGGGUGAAGGACCCACACACAGCGUGUGCAGGGGCGCAUUCAGCUGCCCAGCCACCUGUGACCGUCGCCCGCCCUGGCAGCCCGUGGCCAGCACAGGUCCCAGGUGUGCCCCCGGCAGCCCGGCUGGCCCGGGGAGCCCCUCGGUGCCAGGCGCUGGCACAGGAACAGACGGUGCUGCCGUGGCCGGGAACGAGACGGGCUGGAAAGGAGACGGUGUUUGGCUGCAGGGGAGGGAGGAUCAGGCAGGACCAGGCUGCGCUGCCCCGGCCCCGCUCCACGGCUCCUUCCCCUGAACAGGUCACACGAGGCUGGGGGAUCUGCUCCUUGCUGUGGAACAGCCUGGGGACUGCAAAUCCGCGUCCCAGGGCUUUGAGGGGUGGGAGCGCUGUGUGCUGAGGGGUGGCCCAGCACCCUUGGGUGAGUGGCUGGGGUCUGUUCUCUGCUUUUGUCUCCUCUCCUGGGCUGUGCUCGGAGUCCCCAGAGCCCCCGCCUGGCUGGUGCUGCACGCAGAGCCGACUGUCCUAGCUGGCACUGCAUCCCAAAAGCCCCUACCCUGGCACUGCACCGGCCCGUGGUGCCUCCUUGGCUGGCACUGCAGCCCCAUGCCCCCAGUCCGGUGCACUGCACUCUGUUCAGUGCCCUGUACUCUCUGCACUCUGCCCUUCCUGGCGUCCCCUGCCCAGUCAGCCCUGUGCCCCACAGCCCCACCAGCACUGCACAGCACCCUAUAGCCCUGUGCCCAUGGGGCUGCACCCCCAAAAGCUGCUCUUGCACCUCCACAUCUGUUCCUGCGCCCCCGGCUGUGGUGCAGAAGUGCCCGAGCCCUGCCCCAUCCCACACCCUGCCCCAUCCCACACCCGGCCUGCUCACAAGAAGACCCUGGGGCACCGCCUGCCCUCGGGCACCCGAAAGCUCCUCCCGGGUGAAGCGGGGCUGCGCCGGGCCUGGCCGGGCUUCGCCUGGGCGUGAAGGGAGCCUGAGCGCAGGAGGGGCCAGGGAGGCGGCAGGAAUGCGAGUGGGAGAGCGGCCGGGCAAGUAGCGGCAGCUCCCGGAGCGCGGAUCCCACACGCGGCUCGGCGGGAGCGGAGCCGGCUCGGGCCGUGCGGGAUGGGGCACGCCGUGCCUCGGCCCCUCUGAGAGUCCCGGCCCGGGAGCGCCGUGACUUCCCGCGGCGGGUAAUGCCCGGCCGGGCCCGCACCAGGGGCUGAGGAUCCCGCGGGCCAGCGCCAUGACCCCCGAGAAGGUGCUGAGGGAGGGCGUGCUGGAGAAGCGCAGCGGCGGGCUGCUGCAGCUCUGGAAGAAGAAGCGCUGCCUGCUGACGGAGAAGGGGCUGCAGCUCUUCGAGCCCAAGGGCUCGCGGCGCAAGGAGCUGAGCUUCGCCCGCAUGAAGGCCGUGGAGUGCGUGGAGUGGAAGGAGCGGCACAUUUACUUCACGGUGGUGAUGGACGACAGCGUCGAGAUCGAUUUCCGCUGCGCGCAGGAGGACCCGGGCUGGAACGCCGAGAUCACCAUGGGGCUGGUGCGCUUCAAGAACCAGCAGGCGAUGCGGGAGGUGCGCGCCCGGCACAGCUGCCGAGCAGUGGUGCAGCUGGACGCAGCCCCGGUGGGACAGCCCAGGGAAUCACAGCUCCCCAGGAGUCGGAUGGAGAUGGCCCUCGGCUCGGCAGGAGCUGGGGACAACGGGAUCCCUGCGGGCAAGUGAGGUCACUGCUUGCAGCCCGGGACAAGGACGGUGGCCCCGGGGAGGCUGGUGCUGGCGCUGGCUCCCCCUGUGCUGGGGAGGACUGGAGCACCACAAGAGCUGGGCUGGCACAGCCACCUCUCCUUGGCACAGCAGGGCAAAGGAUGCAGGCAGGGACAGCACCUGGUGCUUCAGACGAGGCAGGAGGUGACAUCCGUGCCUGGGACCCUGCCAGCCUUCAUUCCACUGACAUGUGCAGACCGUGGAGCACUGCUGGGACCCCGGCCUCUCCUGCAGGACAGGGGAGACAUGAGGCUGUCCUGGAAGGAUCCGUGCCACAGGGAGCUCUGCUGGUGUGACAGUGAUACUGGGACAGAUGGAUGUGGCUGGGUCCUAAUUUUAAAAAGGGGCUGCUGGAGAGCUGCUGCAGCAGGGACCCCUCACAGGGCACUGAACCGAGAGCAUGGUGACACAGCAGUGCUGCUGGACAUUGUCUCACCCUGGGAUGUCCUUGGGCUGUUGGGGAUUGCUGGGGACCCCAAUUCCCUGUACCAAAAAUGUCCCUAAACAGGACUUUCAGCUUCUUA